GUUUUUGAAUUUUGAAAAAAAAAAAAGCAAAACAAAAUUUGAGCACCUGCGGGUCCCAGUAGACCUUUUUGUCCUUGUGUACCGGCAAGGAGUACAUUUUCCCCAACUCCUACACCAUUGGACCAUCUUGAAGAUCAUCCAACGGUCCACAUUUAAGAAAAACUCCGCCCGAUAGAUUACGGUGCCGUUUUGGGUAACAAACUCCUUAAAUUGAGAUCCCGCCAAAACGAGCUCCUAUAAGGAAAAUGCAGAAACAGAAACGUAUGGUUGCUGAGAAAAUUUAAUUAGUUCCAAAGUUUACAAUGUUCUCGUUUUAUCAGAGCACCUAAAGGAGGACCGAAGUCCCUAACCCAAUCUCUGGGGGCGAAGAAAUCUAAGUGGCCAGUAUAUGUACAGGAAAUUUCUGAAAGAUUCAGACAAAAUGAUAAACAUUGAUGUAUCCGAAUGGAUAAAGACACAUUUAUGUUUUUAUUAUAAUAAUCAUCUUGAUCUAAAUGUGAUUAACAGUCACCGCGUCCAUUGCGAGCUGGAUUGUUCAGACUUCAAUGUUUCGUCAACUAUAACAAAUUUAUAUAUUUUUCAUUAUUUCUUUUAUUUUUCUUCUUUUGAGAUUAAUCUUAUAAAGGAUUUGUUAUUUAAUUGAUUUCUUCGGUUGGAGAUUUCUUUCUCUGGGUCAUGGAAGUUUGCAAGAGUUCACCCCCUUGUAAGAGGAUGAAUCCUCAAACGAUCGACUUAGAAGGUCCAUAUAGACUGCUUCAUUGUUCAUCUAAGGGCGACAAAAUUGGGGUGAUGCAAGAGUUAGAAAAACAUGUUGAGCCCAAUUUAGCUGAUUAUGAUAAGAGAACAGCUCUUCAUUUAGCCUCUUGUGAAGGCUGCACUGAAAUUGUUGUCCUACUGCUUGAGAAAGGUGCUGAUGUGAAUUCUGUAGAUCGUUGGGGUCGCACUCCGCUAUCAGAUGCUCGUAGCUUUGGCCAUGAGGAUAUUUGCAAGUUACUGGAAAGUCGGGGUGGAAUAGAUCCAGUAGGACUUGAUUCCCGGACACCAUGCUAUGAGAUCGAUUAUGAGGAAGUGGACAUGGAUGGUGCAACACUUAUUGGAGAAGGAGCAUAUGGUGAAGUUUAUUUAGUGAAAUGGCGUGGUACAGAAGUAGCAGCAAAGACUAUUCGCUCCUCUAUUGCAUCAAAUCUGAAAGUGAAGCAUACUUUUUUAAAGGAACUGGGCUUGUGGCAAAAGUUACGCCACCCUAAUAUAGUGCAGUUCCUUGGUGUUCUGAAGCACCCUGACCGCUUAAUCUUCCUUACAGAUUAUCUUCGCAAUGGAAGUUUGUAUGACAUACUUAAAAAGAAGGGAAGACUUGAUCCACUAACAGCAGUUGCCUAUGCUUUAGAUAUUGCAAGGGGCAUGAAUUAUCUGCAUCAACACAAACCGCAUCCUAUUAUACACCGGGAUUUGACACCAAGGAAUGUGCUGCAAGAUGAAUCCGGACACCUCAAGGUUACAGACUUUGGCUUAAGUAAAAUUGCACAGGAAAAGGAUGCUGGUUAUAAGAUGACUGGCGGAACGGGUUCAUAUCGUUACAUGGCACCUGAGGUUUAUCGUAGAGAAUCCUAUGGGAAGAGUGUUGAUGUCUUCUCCUUUGCUCUUUUAGUAUAUGAGAUGUUCCAAGGGGGACCAUCAAAUAGGGCAGAACUCCCAGAGCAAGUUGCAGACAAGCGGGCUUAUGAAGAUUCCCGGCCAUCCCUAUCCUCAUUUGUGUAUCCUGAACCAAUCAAGAUGCUUCUCCGUGAGUGCUGGCAUAAGAACCCUGAAUGCCGACCUACAUUUGAGGAGAUAAUUUUAAAGCUAGAGAAUAUUGAAGACACUUUGCGACAUGAGAGACCAAUUGGUGACUGCUGCGGCUGUAUUAUCUUAUGAGCAAUACUUUAACAUGUAGUAUAUGCUCAACAGACAGUGAUCACUAGUUUUGGUGCACGCCUUACUUCAUUGUGGACCUUUUUCUUUUCUUGUUUUUCUUUGUGUAACGGAUAGAAUUGUCUUGUCUUUUAUCAUGUAUUACGAUUUGUAAUGGUGGGUGGUGAAUACCCUGGAAGAAUUCCAUCUUCCAGCAGAUACCUUUGUACAAAACCCAUACUGGGGAAUUAUAAUGGGAUAAAUUUCACUGGUU